CAGCCUCGGGGGGUCAACAGGAGAGAGCGAUUCGAUCAUCGAGCGGGGAGUGGGCAAAGACAACACAAGGCAAGCGAUCUCCAGUCUGAUGCAGUCCACGUCGACAAGUCGGAGGUAGAUGGUUGACACAGAGCCAUGUCUCUCUGGAGAAUUGUCAAGAUAAAAGAAACGUACCAAAAACUGAGCAGGAAUCGACAUGUUUGGCUACGAUAUUCUCUGCUGAUGUCUCUAAUCCUACUGUUUCUGAGUCUUGCAAUUUACGAACGAAGCCUCCACUCUUCAGCCACGAUACAUUCCCUACUGGACAAGAGUCUCUGGGCGGAUGGACAGAUCGCCGGUGAUGACUACGUCAUCAAACUUGGGAAAAACCCUAGAGGAGAUGGACAGAACAUUAGUGACAAGAGAGUGCGUUAUAUCGUUUACACGUGUGAUGGGACGUAUUGCCACGGGUUGGGGGACCGGCAGAGAGCUAUUGUCAGUCUCUACUAUCUGUCCAUCGUGACCAAUAGAAAGCUGGUGAUUAACAUGACGCAGCCUUGGCCGCUCAGUGACUUCUACGAGCCGAGCGAGACAGACUGGACGGUGAACGAGGACGAGUUAAAGGACAGGAGUAGCACGUACCUUGUGUGUUUAGGCAAAAGAGGUAACCAGAUCAAAUGGGACUCGGUAAACUUCAACAAGAUGUACCCCCAGGAUGUUGUUUACAUCAUGACCAACCACGACUUCUACUAUCAACUGCGGAGCAACUCGCUCUAUCAAAGCAAGUUGCCCAUACGCAGAAAAUGGCGGGCUCAUGGCGAAGCGUGGAAAGCAAUGAUGCAUCCUACAGCGAAACUGCGCUCAGCUCUUAAUGACGAACUUACAAAAAUUGGCGAGGUCAUUCUUGAGGAGAAACGUGUUUAUUCAGAGACAAAUUUAAGCUCCACGAAUUGUAAAGCGGCCCGAGCUCAUUCACUUGGUAAAUCGAUGUACAAAGAAAAAAGAUUGCUAAAGCAAACUGAUGUGGAACACUCUCCAACGCAGAAAACUCAAGAAAAUGAAUCUCGAAUAGAUGUGUGCCGGUUCCCGCCUCCUCGUUUUCAGUACUCGGUAGUUUCAUUGAGUCCAAUCAAAUCGCUCAGAGGUUAUGACGUCAUUAAUAUGGACUUGGUUUGCGCGCAUGUGAGGAUAGGCCGUAGUGACACACUGCCCCAGGAGGAAUACCAGAGAAACGACCCAGAUUCUGUGGGCGGUUUGUGGAGGUUCUUGCAGCCCUACAUGAAAGCAGGACAUCACGCUUACCUCGCAACAGACUCGCAGCAGGUACGUGACCAGGCCAAGCUGGCGUUUGGUCACCGCAUGCACGUGAGUGAGCAGGAAAUCGUACACUUCGGCAAGACCGGCCUGGAGGAAGACAACUUGAGACUGGCGCUAACGGAACAGCUGCUCCUGUCUACCGCGUGCAGUGUCCUAGUGAUCAGCAAAAGUGGCUACAGCAUGCGCGCCGCCAUGUUGAGAGCCACACUGCAGGGAGACGACGGACUCUUCUUUUUCAAAAACGGAACAGUGAGAGAGAUCGACGCUGCGCAUUUGUUUUGAUGAUAUCUCAGAGUGUUUUGUUUUUAGGUGUGUGUGUGUGUGUUUGUGUGUGUGUGUGUGUGUGUGUGUGUGUGUGUGUGUGUGUGUGUGUGUGUAUGUGUGCGUGUUAUGCGUGUGUGGGUGUUUAUGUGUGAGUAUAAGUUUUUAUAUGAGAGUGAGGUAUGUGUGCAUGUGUGUAUGUUUGUGUAUGAAUGUGGGGAACAUUGUGUGUGGGAUUUUUUUCUUUCGUGUGUG